CAUUAGCAACAACAAACCCACCUGCCUUAAAUGGCAGUGGCGAUCAGCAGCUCACAGUUGUCGUUGCUCUUUGACAAUUUGCCUGUGACAGCUGGUGAGAGGCAGACUGACAGCAUAACACGCGGGGAAGUGAAAGCGCAUACAUCUAAUUCUAGUCGUUGGGUGCUCGGCGUUUUUUUGUCAGAAACCACUUAUCGGUUGCUCUUUUUCAGCCUUCCUCCUCCGCUACAUUGACGUUAACGUUAGCUUAGCUUGCUAGCAGUCAGCGACAUAUUGCAUGCGUAUAAAUGGAAGCGCUCUUCCUCGUUGGGUCAUAAGGAACAGUUCUGUUUUCAGUGGCCGACUUGGAUGAUAAAUCAUCAGAGACUUCCCGUAAAAGGCACACAAACUGCUAUGGAGCCGCACGGCUGUGUGAACAUUUGCAGUCUGACCAGCGCCUUGCCGGUGAUUCCCUACCAGAAGCUGACAGACCUGUACUACCUGAGCAGAGGGGGCUUUGGCACCGUGUUCAAAGCGCAGCACUCCGACUGGAGGACCACUGUGGCCAUUAAGUGUCUGAAACUCGAUUGUCCUGUUGGAGAAAGAGAGAGGAACUGCCUGCUGAAGGAGGCUGAGGUGCUCCACAAAGCCAGGUUCAACUACAUCAUCCAGAUCUUUGGCAUCUGCAACGAGCCUGAGUUUUUCUGUAUAGUCACAGAGUUUAUGAGCAAUGGCUCUCUGGACCUGUUGCUCCACGAGAAGGACGUGUACCCCAGGCUUGCCUGGCCUUUACGACUGAGGAUCCUGUAUGAGAUUGCCCUCGGGGUUAACUUCCUUCAUAACAUGAACCCACCCCUCUUACAUCACGACCUUAAGACACAGAACAUACUGUUGGAUGGUGAAUUUCAUGUUAAGAUUGCUGACUUUGGCCUUUCAAAGUGGCGACAGCUGUCCGUCAGUAAAGGCUCAGGGUCCAAGCCCACAGAGAUGGGGGGCACAGUGAUCUACAUGCCCCCUGAGAGGUACGAACCUUCCAAGAACCGUCGGGCAGAUGUGAAACACGAUAUGUACAGCUAUGCCAUCAUUAUGUGGGAAGUGCUGUCCAGGCAGAUUCCAUUUGAAGAGUUGACCAACCCAAUGCAGAUCAUGUUCAGUGUGCUACGUGGGUUACGCCCUGACACAAGUCUGGACAGUCUGCCUGCUGACAUCCCCAGUAGAGAAACCCUCAUCAGUUUAAUGACCUGCGGUUGGACCGCUAACCCCGAUGAACGACCUUCCUUCCUCAAGUGUUUGAUUGAGCUUGAGCCCAUGGUGAGGAAUUUUGACGAAAUCGACUUACUGGAGGCCGUGUUGGAGAUCAAGAGGUCAAAGGUUAGUCAGUUGUCUUCCCACAGUUCUUUUUUUUUAAAUGAGAAGAGAAGCGAGGAGGGAUCCCUGAACAUGCUGAAGGACAGGAUCAGCCCAUGGCCGGAGAGCUCCCCAUCAGGCUCAGGCUCAGGCUCAGGCUCUUGUUCCUCCCAGGACACAGACAUAUCUCUACCAGGCGCGCUCAUCAGCAGCAAUGCUGCACCUUCUAAAGAGGGGCAUCUGUCGUCAUAUUCGGCUCAUACUCUAGAGCGUCCUGAGUCGUUGAUAGACUACUGCACAGUCAACAAUCUGAAUGGCUACCAGAGUGCCAGGCCACUUAAAUAUUUGAACAUACCCAUCAAACCAGGCCUGCCUGCCACUGAAUAUGAGACACAGCUGGAUAACCUCACCCUCAAGCCUCAGCAACAAGCAGAUUACUCGCUUCCAUUGCUGCAUUCCCCUCCCUCACAAGGCCCAAUUGCCCAGUGGAUUGCGACACGGCGUGAGGAUAUUGUCUCCCAGAUGACAGAGGCCUGUCUGAACCAAAGCUUGGAUGCCCUGCUGUCCCAAACCAUGCUUAUGCGGGAGGAUUACGAGCUGGUGAGGACCCAGCCAACGCGCACCGCUAAGGUCCGCCAGCUCCUGGACAACUGUCACCGACACAACGAAGACUUCUGCCGCAUUGUUGUCCGCAAGCUGAUUGACAACAAGCAAAUGGGCCUGAAGCCGUUCCCACCUGAAAUCGGCUCCCCUACACUCGUCCCCAACCCACCGCCACUGUCCAUGUCCUGCAAUAUCCCCAGGAACGUGUAGCAGCAGUCACAGGCAAUCAAUGAAAACAAUCCAGAUUAUUAACUGUGCCAACUUUACACUACAACUCUUACUUUUUUUUUUUUUUUGUCGUCAAGAUGGUCACUGUGGUUUCUGUCAGUAUUUCCCUCAAAGAGAAGGAGGAGGAGCAGGAACCGAGGGCUCCGCGAGCAAAAAAGAGUCACAGGUACAAAACAAAGCUUUUGGCUUUGAAGAAUAUCCACUCACGAGGGACAAAAGGUUUUAUUCUAUACAAUCAGAAUCAAAAGUUUGAAGGAAUCAAUGUUUUUUUUUAACAAUGUCAUUGAUUUAUUGAGAAAAUGUAUUUAUAGUCCUUUUAUUCUGAGUGGAUGUAUUGCAGAGUUUAUCUCCUUUGCUUUUGUCUCCGAAGCUCAGUUGCGUGUGCGCGUGGUGGUGGGGGAGCGGGAGUUCAGUAUAGUUGUGGGGUCCCGACAGCUUUGUGGGGACAAAAUGCUGGACCCCACAACUUUAAAGGGCUAUUUGAGGGUUAAGACUUGGUUUUUAGGAUUAGGGUUAGAAUUAGGCUAGGGUAAAGGUUAAGGUUAGGCAUUUAAUUGUGAUGGUUAGAGUAAGGGGCUAGGGAUGCAAUAUGUCAAUGACAGGUCCCCACAAAGAUAGUGCUUAACAUCCCGGAUACACUCUGUUGAUCUGAGUAAGUGAUAUUAGGAAUGUUAACAUGCUGGAAAACCUACAGCAAAAACAAGGUUAAGUCCCAUUAAAGCAAUCUUAUUGUUGAACUUCCCUGAUAAUGUUUACCGCCUGUGAAAGUGAGCGUGUGAGGGCAUGUGGCCCUCACAGUGUUGAUAUUGAAGCUAAGUAUGUGGUCUUGGAUGUUAACAGCGUAACCUUACUGUAGUGUUGGUAUGAGUUGUGAUUUGGUUAGACUGUGACCGCAUGGGAAGUUUUUGUCCCUGCCCCCGGCUCUUUUUCCUCCCCCUCCUCUCUUUGUCUAGUUGAACUAAAGAGUUGCUGGGACGUUGAGUAAAGAGGAAGUUGAGAUUGUAAAAUAAGACUCAGAAUGAGAGGGAUGCGUAUCUGUCUCUGUCUAGAUUAAAAGUGGACCAAAGUGAUCUAAUUUCUUUUGGUAUUCUCAGUAGUGGCCUCACCUCACAGUAUUUUUAAGUGUUUUUUAAUAAUGACAUUUCAGACUCAUCUGGAUACUUCCAGAGUGGCAGUUUAUCGAUGGGUUUUGCAUUUUUGAUCCGGCUGAGCUGUUCUGCAGGAGAAAUGAACACAUGAACAGAUAAGAUCAAACCGGUUCUGCUUGCUUGUAGCAACCUUUCAUUUACCUGUUUUAUAAUGUUCACUCUAAGCAGCCAGUGCUCAGUUCAUCACUAUCUAGACACGUACACUGUUUUCUACUGUAGCUGUGCUUCCUAAUCUGCUCAAAACGAAUAAAAUCAUUUUCACUCUGUUACUCAUAGACAGAGAUCAGUGCCAUUUAGCUAGGCUUAAUGACAGUAGCACCAGAUUGUUUGUAUAAAUAAUACUGAGUAAUACAGUUUUUGAAUUACUUCAUGCAUUGUAAACAAAGUUUCCAUGACACCAUUACUUUCAGUCCUCCUUAUAGCCAUGUUUGUAUAUAAGUGUGUGUGAUAGGACUGCAACUAACGAUUACUUUGACAAUUACUUUCUUGAUCAGUCGUUUGGAUUAUAAAAUGGUAGAAAAUGUUCUUCACUGUUUCCCUGAGCCCAAGGUACAUCUUGAAACUUUGUCUAAAACCCGAGGCUAUUUAUUUUACCAUCAUAGAAGACUAUUUACUUUUAAAUGGCUGGAACGUUUUUUGAAAUGUUUGUUUUUUUGCUUAAAACUAACUUAAUUGAUUUUAAAAAAUAGUUUAAAGAUUAAUUUUUAUAAUUGAUUCAUCAAGUGAUCUUUUCAGCUCUAGUGUGUAUGUUGUGUGCAGGUUUACAUCUCAUUAAGGGUCUUACUGUCUUCAUCACUGCCUUUUCUUCCUACUUCCUGGGUAGCAGUAGAUAAAUAGUAGUAGUGUAGCUGUGUCAUUUACUGUCAUUACAUCCACAUAUUCCCCACACAAUAACCGUUGUAUUGGUUCCCAUCAUUGGGUUCAAAGUUAUUUUCAGUUCAAUAAAGAACUUUAAAAAACA